AUGAACCAGCUGUCAAGUCGACCAGAUAACGGUGACCUCACAAAGGAGUGGUACGACCAGGAUGCACAUCUGGUUCGUGUGGACGAGAAGCCGUUGCCUGGCAACGAGGUCCUGGUUGACCGUUCAACAAAGACCAAUAUCAUGGACUUUGACGCAGGCCUGUCCUACAUCAUAGCUCAGGAUACCGGCCACUGCGAGGUCACGCCCAUUAUGUAUGACGUAUUCAACACCAAGACAGUUGACUCCGCCUCCGUUAGGCUGACCACGCCCUCAGAAUUUUUCCACUUCGAUUCGGGCAACUUCGUUUAUUCGGGACAGACGACCAUUCGAGGAAUUCCCGCGGAGACCUGGAUCGGUCACCACAACGACUUUCCCCCUGGUUACAACGGUACAUCUCAGUGGCAGUGGUACUUCUCUUCU